CAGGUUUGAGCCUUAGCUUUGUUAAAUGGGGACCUCAAUGCUAGUAUAAUUGAAUAUGGGGACUACAAAUAAUUGAAAGAUUUAUAAUUGUACCCAAUAAAUAAGGACCGUCAACACUACAAUAAUUGAAAGAUUUGUAAUUGAGGUUCUUCCCAUAGUGUAUUGGUUAAGUGUUGGUGGUGUUGGGUUAUUGUGAUUGCAGGCUUCUGGUUUGGGCUUCAACUUUGUUGAAUUGGGAUGAGCUCACUUGUUUAUGACCUCGCCAAAGUAUUUCAUAUAGUACCAAAGAACGUUUGUGCCAAUAUCAUGGCUGAUUCAAUGUGUUUGCGGAUUUGAACCUCAUCUUUGUUAAAUGAAGAUGAAGUGCCUUAUUUGUAUUCUCACCAAUUUCAAAGGUUCAUAGCAAGAAGAUAAAUCAGGGCACACAUUUGUGAUUUAGUUUACAAAUUUGUGCUUUGGCCUAAUAUAAUUUGAGAAUUUAGGGUGGAGGUGGUUGGCAGCCUAGGUGGAGGAGGGGAAUAAUAAAGAAAGCGAAGGGAUGAGUCAAGAGGGAAAGCAGGUUCUCUUGUUGCAAGGCCAGAGGGGACGCGUGGUAAUGAGUAAUAGUAAAGGGACAUGUUUGCACCCAAGGCCACCUGUGGAUAACUAAACCGUUUGAAAAGAUCGUCUGGUGAUUGGGUGGCACUGCCUCGACGAUUCCUUCUCUUGUUUCCUCACUCGCCCACACCUAUGCAGCCACAUGCUUUCAAAUUUUAAAGGCACCCACUCUUAGAUUCUCUCUACAAAACCAAAGCAAUAAAUUCUCUCCCAAAUUACAGAUUUCCAGAUUCAUCUCCUGAUACCCAUUACAGAUUUACAGAUUCAUCUUCUUCUGAUACCAACCCACAAACAGUUUGUACAAGAUCUGAGAUGAGGUAUGGUAGCAGUAAAACCAGUAGUGCAAUUGCUGAUUGUCACAGUACUUCACAGGGUUGUACCAUGGGCUUUGCACCCAAGAAGCAGAUAAGGAAAAUCCCUGCAAAAGGAUCAAAAAAAGGGUGCAUGAAGGGCAAAGGAGGCCCAGAAAAUGCUCUCUGUAAUUACAGGGGAGUGAGGCAGAGGACAUGGGGGAAAUGGGUUGCAGAGAUUCGGGAGCCAAACAGAGGAGCUCGCCUUUGGCUUGGAACUUUUGCUACUGCAGAGGCGGCUGCUCAUGCAUAUGAUCAAGCUGCUACAACUCUUUAUGGAUCUGCUGCUCGCCUCAAUUUGCCACAUCUUGGGAACUGUAAUACCAUUGAUCAUGACUGUAAUACUGCUUCGUCUGCCACUCCUAAGCGCAGAAGGAGAUCUUAUAAUCGUCCUAAUUGUGAGACUAGUACUGAACAGAAACUGGAAGACAUUAAUGGCAAUACCCAACAAUUCUCUGAUGCUCUGGGUCAAAAAUCAGGCAUUUGUGCUUCUGGGUCUGAUUCUGCCAAUACUAAAACUGAUGGGUAUUGUGGGCAUGAAGCUUUAGAACAGAAAACUGACAGUCUCAAUCAUAGUGAUGAUAUCAAACAGGAGCCUGAUGAACUCAGUGCAGGUGUUCCUCAGUUGUCAGAUUCCCAUGCUGAGAGCCUUCCUCUUGGAGCUCUGGAUAGCAAUCUACUGAGUGAAUGGGAUAACUUGAUCUCAAAUGUUGAAGAGAGCCUGGCCUUGCAAGAUUCUGAUCACAUACUAGAAUUGAUGGAAGCUGCAUGGCCUUCCUUGCCUUCUGCCCCACUUGAAAUCCUUCCAUUUGAUGAAAUGGGUUGCAGAGUGCAGGAUGUUAAAGAUGAUUUGAAAUCCUUAAAAAUGGAGGAUUUGGUCCCAUCCAUGGAAUCUGCAGACUUGAAAAGUCUACAAGAAGAAGCAUAUGAUCCAUUCCUGUUCCCCUGGUCUUUUCUAUAAUUCAAUGAUUUCAUCCCUUCAUCCUAUAUCAGAUUCUCUGCUCUUGAACAUAUUUUUUUAUCUCUGUAAGUAUACCUAUAGGUGGGUCCAAAAUUCUUUCCCUGGCUUGCUUCUGAAUUCCUAGCAAUCAAGCCAUUUUAGGUUUACAGUCAAUUGUUCUUUUAUUCAAUGUAUAUAGCAAACUAAACUCCCUGUAUUUUUUGCAGUACAUUAUCAUUCCCUUAGCCUACAGAAAGAUAAGAUUAUCUGUCAUCUUGUAAGUUAUCUGAGAAUAGUAUAAACCAAACAGAUCCAACACCAGUACUUUGCUCAUUUUUUUCUCAUUCAUUUAUCUAUUAUUCAUCCAAUUUGUGAAGAGAAUGGUGCAACCAUACUUCUAGCUGUAAUUGAUAUUUUUACCAUUGUAUAUUGUUUAAAUCUAGCUGUAUAAUAUGUAGACCGCUUCUAAAUGUAAGCGUUUGCUAUUUUUAAACAUGUAUUGCCUUUGUUUUAUUUUAGAGA